GCGGGAUAAACAGAAAGCAUAUUCCUGCAGGGAGGGUGCCUCCCGGGACCCUUAAAUAGCCAGUUAUCCGCAGUGAGGAAAGUGCAUGAGACCAAGAAGCAGGGAUUUGCUUCUGGUGCCAAAUGUCUUGCAGAAGUGUGUGUACCGCAUUGAUUUUCAGUGUUUGUCCUCUGCCCUGGCUUCCAGGUCUCUAAGUGGGCGCUCGGCAGCGAUCUGCACUACAUCCCGGGUUCCAGAAGAGGCGGAGGUUCUUACGUAAAGCAGGGGAGGAAGCUGCAGCCCAGGGAGGUCGUGACUUGCCAGGAAGGCGGCUCGAGCCAGGCUGCGCUCAAAACCCGCGUGUCCCGGGAUCCUCAGCCCCUGCAGAAUGACCCACCAGGAUCUGAGCAUCACAGCCAAACUCAUCAACGGAGGCGUGGCAGGGCUCGUGGGGGUGACCUGCGUGUUUCCCGCCGACCUGGCCAAGACUCGGCUGCAGAAUCAGCAUGGAAAAGCCAUGUACAAAGGAAUGAUCGACUGCCUGAUGAAGACGGCGCGGGCGGAGGGCUUCUUCGGCAUGUACCGAGGGGCUGCAGUGAACCUCACUCUGGUCACUCCAGAGAAGGCCAUCAAGCUGGCGGCCAAUGACUUCUUCCGGCAGCUGCUCAUGGAAGAUGGGAUGCAGCGGAACCUGAAGAUGGAGAUGCUCGCCGGGUGUGGCGCUGGGAUAUGCCAGGUGGUGGUUACCUGUCCCAUGGAAAUGCUCAAGAUUCAGCUGCAGGAUGCUGGACGCUUGGCCGCCCAUCAUCAGGGCCCAGCCUCAGUGCCCUCCUCCUCCAGGUCCUACACAACUGGUCCGGCUUCCACCCACAAGCGCCCCUCUGCCGCCCUCAUUGCCUGGGAGCUGCUCCGCACGCAGGGCCUGGCGGGGCUCUACAGGGGCCUGGGUGCCACUCUCCUCAGGGACAUUCCCUUCUCCAUCAUCUACUUCCCGCUGUUUGCCAACCUUAACAACCUGGGGUUCAACGAGCUCGCCGGUAAGGCGUCCUUUGCACAUUCCUUCGCGUCAGGCUGUGUGGCAGGUUCCGUAGCUGCGGUCGCAGUGACGCCUCUGGAUGUUCUGAAAACGCGAAUCCAAACCCUCAAGAAAGGCCUGGGUGAGGACAUGUACAGCGGGAUCACUGAUUGUGCCAGGAAACUCUGGAUUCAGGAGGGACCAUCUGCCUUCAUGAAAGGCGCCGGCUGCCGGGCGCUGGUCAUAGCACCCCUCUUUGGGAUUGCUCAAGGGGUCUAUUUCAUUGGGAUUGGAGAGCGCAUCUUAAAGUGUUUUGAGUAGACAGAGCUGGUGCUCAAGUCCCUGCACUCGCGGCCCUCUCUCUAGCCUUUUACUUAGCCUAGAGGGGACAAGGGCAGGCGAGGCCACCCUGGCCUGUCUUGUCCUCUAUGCUGUACACUGUAGUGCUACCUCAAUCUCGGGAGACAGCCCUACUGUAACAGCACGUUGAGCACAGCCUUCUUCUCUGGGGGCUUUCAGAAGCCCCCACCACCUACUUUAACAAGAAUAGUACUUGCUUUAGUUGUAUUAAGUGCAGGACUUGAACAGGUUGUCAAGAUAGAAGGGUUGUUUCUAUGAUUUAGCAUUUGUUUCUUCUGUUUCACAAACUCGGCAUUGUUGAGUCAUUGAGGAUGUCGCUGUUAAUCUUGAAUUCCGUAACUUACGAUGAGCCCUAGCACUGAUUUUGAGGAAGAGGAGGAUCACAAGUGCAGGAGACCAUGAAAAACCUCGAAGUCGGCAUCCGGUUUGAGACCAGGCACCCUUUCAAAUCCUCGGAUGGCCGAGGGCUGAGGCUGGCUCCGACUGAGCAGCCCGGCCUGUCCCCCAGAGCCCAGGCUCUCGAAGACGCCCGUCCUUUCCACAGAACAGUGUUUGAAGUAAAGGUGAACGGUGAGAUCGCAUCUGUGAAUCAGCGCGCACAGCAGACAGGCUGCAGUGAAUGGUGUCGCUGUCUACUUUCCUGUAUCCAUUUCAAAGCCAAAUGUUAAAAGGCGUGGAGGGAGGUGUUACUUCCGGGUGUGGAGGAACGCAGCCAUAGGGUUGAUUGUGAGCGGCACUAACCCCUUCCUGAGCGCACCACCUGAGGAACUGAGUGUGCCGGGAGAGCUCCUCCCCACAGGCCGCUCCGGGAGAAGUAAGGUCGCACCACUGGGGCCAGUCCUGAGCGGCGAGCACCUGCGGCAGGAGGUGUUUGUGUACAUUAGUCCCCACCUGCUGUGAAACGUGGGCUAAUGAGGACAAGGACGGUACUAACGGGUCGGCCGUGGGGAUGUCACUGUUACAAGAACCGCAGCUGAGUUGGAGUCCCAGCUCCACCAUGUACUAGCCGCAAGGCCCUGGGCAGCUCUAGUCAUCGCCUGUGGAAGACAAAGGAUCUGGGCCCUGCACACAGCGACUGGCUCCAAAGUAACCUGGUUUUCCUCACAGGGGCAACACUAAUAACACCAUUUCCUUGCUGAAGUGGUAGAGCCCUUCCAGAGGCCAGGUCACACUGGAGAGCGUGCGGGGGGUGGGGCUGGGGCGUGUGGGAGAUCACAAGGCCUGGAAGGAACGCUCCCGGGUAAUGGGCUGGGAACACCGGCAAGAGCCGGGGGAUACCCCGAGGAUCCAGGUGCUGACAGCUGUCACCAUCCAGUGCCACGGGGGAUAUGGAAAAUACUUCUUUUCUAGGUGCCUCAGUAAAAAUUUAACUCUCUCUAACUCUAAACUUACAGUGCCUGACACUAGAAAUCACAUUAAUUCCACAUAACUCUUUUAAUAAAUAAAGCACAUCCAUGGCUUAGAUUCUGAAUCACAUUUACAGAAGAGGGAAAACUUGGAGACCUAAACAGGGAACAGUGAAGGACUACUGGAAGAAGUGGUGUGCCACAUGCGCCUUAAGCCUCAAGAGUGGGGAAUGCAGGGCCGAGAACGCCAAACACGUCACCUCUGCGCCAGAGGAGAACGGAGACCCAGGAAGCCCAUGCAGCCACCACCCGGCCCUCCCCUAGUGCGCUGAACCAGCCGGACGCUGUGUUCCUUUCAGAUGAACUGGAGAUGGGUCUUGAUCAUAUUACAUGAAGCUUUCUGCCACUGAACAAUUAGGCAAGGCAUUAGUGACAGACAGAGGGGCAUCACUGAUAAAUACAGAGCAGCACUGGGGCAGUAAAGAAGCUACAGAGACACCGUGUUUCUUCAAACAUCAGAAGCUUCCAUGUCACAGCAGGAGAGCCGAGGAUGAGCUCCACCUCCCAGAGGCUUAGUCCAAAAACUUCCUGUUGGCAUUGGCCCCAAACAAGGCUCCCCGGACUUCUGGCAUCAUCUGUGGAGAGUGUAAUAAACACGUAACGUCAGCUGAGCAGGUUGUAGAGCACGGUGCAUCUUAACCACAGGAGGAAAGCCACGAACCUCUGCAUGGCCGGGAAGGCCUCACGAAGCCAUGCACACCACAGCCGCUCUUUCCUUCCCGAAGCACGGUCACACACUCUUUGGUGAGAAACUUAACUCAUCCCAAAUCUGGGGUUCAGACUGCUUACAAAAGGGACACAUUUAAAAUAAAAAACCUAGCCAGGCACGGUGGCUCACACCUGUAAUCCCAGCACUUUGGGAGGCCGAGGCAGACGGAUCACAAGGUCAGGGGUUCAAGACCAGCCUGGACAACAUGGUGAAACGCUCUCUACUAAAAAUACAAAAAUUAGCCAGGCGUGAUGGCGGACGCCAGUAAUCCCAGCUCCUUGGGAGGCUAAGAAUCGCCUGAACCUGGGAGGUGGAGCUUGCAGUGAGCCAAGACUGCGCCAUUGCACUCUCCAGUCUUGGCGACAGAGCGAGCCUCCAUCUCAAAAAUAAUAAAGAAAUAAAAAAAAUAAAUAAAAAGCCUAAAGUCAUUACUAUCUCAGGCUUAACUCAAAAUCAUCUCAGCACAAUAUCCUGGUUCACCUACACUCUCUUCAACACACACUUACUGAGCGCCGCCUAUGGCCAGCACAGAACACUUCCGAUGCCGGUUUGGGCUGAAGCACUUGUUGCAGCCACUGAUGAAUCCUCAGGAGAAUUGCACCCUGGACGCCUAAGGCUCUGCGGUCAACGGGGCAGCCCUAGCAACAGGUGGUGAUUGUGUGCUGAGAAACGGAAUUUUUUGGUUUAAUUAAGUAUCCAUAAGUGGGUAGUGGCUAUGAUACUGGAUGGGACAGUGGCUACCAGGAGACACUGCUCCGAGGUUUAAGUUACCAGAAUAUGAAAAAAAUCAAGGUGAAAGGGCUUUAGUUGUAAGAGAAAUACCUGCAUAAACAGCAAACGGCACAUCUAGGCAGGGAAUAACUAGGUUGGCAGCCACAGCAACGGACUACCACUAGAAUCUAGAGGCCGCCCAGCAUUUUAGAACGAGUGGAGGUUUCCUGGCUCGUUUCCUAGAGUUCAUCUGUACAAAUCUGGAAAUAUCUGAAAAGCCAGCAACUUUAUGAUGAUUCCUUUAAACAAGUGUUUCCAGCUGGGCAGGGUGGCUCACGCUGUAAUCCCAGCACCUUGGGAGGCUGAGGAGGCUGCAUCACCUGGGGUCAGGAGUUUGAGACCAGCCCGGCCAACAUGGUGAAACUCCGUCUCUAUUAAAAAUACAAAAUGAGCCGGGCGUGGUGGCACGCGCCUGUAAUCCCAGCUAUCCCAGAGGCUGAGGCAGAAGAAUCACCCGAACCCAGUAGGAGGAGGAUGCAGUGAGCCGAGAUCACGCCAUUGCACUCCAGCCUGGGCAAAAAGGAACAAAACGGAUCCAGCCAAACUAAGCGUCACCAGCGAAGGAGAAAUAAAAUCCUUUACAAACAAGCAAUUACGUUCACCAGGCCUGCUUUACAAGAGCUCCCGAAAGCAGCACUGAACAGAAAGGAACAACCAGUACCAGCCACUCCAAACACACACCAAAUGGUAAAGAGCAUUGACACAAUGAAGAAGCGGCAUCAACUAACGGGCAAAACAGCCAGCUAGUCUCAAAACGGCAGGAUCAAAUUCACACGUAACAAUAUUAACCCUAGGCCGGGCGCGAUGGCUCACGCCUGUAAUCCCAGCACUUUGGGAGGCUGAGGCAGGUGGAUCACGAGCUCGGCAGAACGAGACCAUCCUGGUCAACAUGGUGAAACCCUGUCUCUACUAAAAAUUACAAAAAAUUAGCUGGGCAUGGUGGCGUGUGCCUGUAAUCCCAGCUACUCAGGAGGCUGAGGCAGGAGAAUUGCCUGCAGGGGGCGGAGGCUGCGGUGAGCUGAGAUCGCGCCAUUGCACUCCAGCCUGGGUAACAAGAGCUAAACUCCAUCUCAAAAAAAAAAAAAAACAAAAAAACCCUAACCCUAAUAUUAACCCUAAAUGUAAAUGGGCUAAAUGCCCCAAUCAAAAGACACAGACUGGCAAAUCGGAUAAAAAGCCAAAACCCAUCGGUGUGCUGUAUCCAGGAAACCCAUCUCACAUGCAAAGAUACACAAAGGCUCAGAAUAAAGGGAUGGAGGAAGAUUUACCAAGCAAAUGGAGAGCAAAAAAAAGCAGGAGUUGCAAUUCCCGUCUCUGAUAAAAUAGACUUUAAACCAACAAAGAUCAAAAGAGACAAAGAAGGACAUUACAUAAUGGUAAAAGGAUCAAUGCAACAAGAGAGCUAAGGAUCCUAAAUAUAUAUAUGCACCCAAUACAGGAGCAGCCAGAUAUAUAAGGCAAGUUCUUAAUGACUUACAAAGAGACUUAGACUCCCACACAAUAAUACUGGGAGACUUUAACACCCCAUUGUCAAUAUUAGACAGAUUAACGAGACAGAAAAUCAACAAGGAUAUCCAGGACUUGAACUCAGACCUGGAACAAGCAAACCUGAUAGACAUUUAUGGAACUCUCCACCCCAAAUCCACAGAAUAUACCUUCUUCUCAGCACCACAUCACACCUACUCUAAAACUGACCACAUAAUUGGAAGUAAGUCACUCCUCAGCAAAUGCAAAACAACUGAAAUCAUAACAAACAAUCUCUCAGACCACAGUGCAAUCAAAUUAGAACUCAGAAAUCAGAAACUACCAGAACCACACAGCUUCAUGGAAACUGAACAACUGGCUCUUGAAUGUUGACUGGAUAAAUAAUGAAAUGAAGGCAGAAAUAAAGAUGUUCUUCAAAACCAAUGAGAACGAAGACACAACAUACCAGAAUCUCUGGGACACAUUUAAAGCAGUGUCUAGAGGAAAAUUUAUAGCAAUAAAUGCCCACAUGAGAAGCAAGGAGAGAUCUAAAAUUGACACCCUAUCAUCAAAAUUGAAAGAGUUAGAGAAGCAAGAUCAAAAAAACUCAAAACCUAGCAGAAGACAAGAAAUAACUAAGAUCAGAGCAGAACUGAAGGAGAUAGAGACAUAAAAAACCUUUCAAAAAAUCAAUAAAUCCAGGAGCUGGUUUUUCAAAAAGAUCAACAAAAUAGACCACUAGCCAGAUUAAUAAAAAAGAAAAGAGAGAAGAAUCAAAUAAAUGUAAGAAAAAACGAUAAAGGGGAAAUCACCACAGAUUCCACAGAAAUACAAACCAUCAUCAGAGAUUAUUACAAACAACUCUAUGCACAUAAACCAGUAAACCUGGAAGAAAUGGAUAAAUUCCUGGACACUUGCACCCUCCCAAGCCUAAACCAGGAAGAAGUCCAAACCCAGAAUAGACCAAUAACAAGGGCUGAAGUUGAGGCAGCAAUUAAGAGCCUACUACACAAAAAAAGCCCAGGCCCAGAUGGGUUCACAGCUGAAUUCUACCAGACAUACAAAGAGGAGCUGGUACCACUCCUGAAAGUAUUCCAAACAAUACAAAGACAGGGAAUCCUUCCCAAAUCAUUUUAUGAUACUAACAUCAUCCUGAUCCCAAAACCUUGUUGAGGCAGAGACUCAACAAGAAAAGAAAACUUCAGGCCAAUAUCCAUGAUGAACAUAGACGCAAAAAUCUUCAAUAAAAUAUUGGCAAACCAAUUGCAAGAGCAAAUCAAAAAACUUAUCCACCAUGAUCAAGUAGGAUUCAUCCCGGGGAUGCAAAGCUGGUUCAACAUACACAAGUCUAUAAACAUAAUUCACCACAUAAACCGAACAAAAAACAAAAACCACAUGAUUAUCUCAUUUGACGCAGAGAAGGCCUUUGACAAAAUUCAAUAGCCCUUUAUGCUAAAAACCCUCAAUAAACUCGGUAUCGAUGGAACAUAUCUCAAAAUAAUAAAAGCUAUUUACAACAAACCAACAGGCAAUAUCAUACUGAAUGGGCAAAAACUGGAAGCAUUCCCUUUGAAAUCUGGCACUAGACAAGGAUGCCCUCUGUCACCACUCCUAUUCAAUAUAGUUCUGGAAGUUCUAGCCAGAGCAAUCAGACAAGAAAAAGAAAUAAAGGGUAUUCAAUUAGGAAAGGUGGAAGUCAAGUUGUCACUAUUUGCAGACAACAUGAUUGUAUAUUUAGAAGACCCCAUUGUCUCACAGAAAAUCUCCUGAAACUGAUAAGCAACUUCAGCAAAGUCUCAGGAUACAAAAUCAAUGUGCAAAAAUCACAAGCAUUCCUCUACACCAAUAACAGACUUAAAGAGAGCCAAAUCAAGAACAAACUGCCAUUCACAAUUGCUACAAAGAGAAUAAAAUACCUAGGAAUACAACUGACAAGGAACGUAAGGGACCUCUUCAAGGAGAACCACAAACCACUUCUCAACGAAAUAAGAGAGGACACAAACAGAUGGAGAAACAUUCCAUGCUCAUGAUUAGGAAGAAUCAAGAUCAUGAAAAUGACCACACUGCCCAAAGUAAUUUACAGAUUCAACGCUAUCCCCAUCAAGCUACCAAUGACCUUCUUCACAGAACUGGAAAAAAACACCUUAAUCUUCAUACGGAACCAAAAGAGAGCCCACACAGCCAAAUCAAUUCUAAGCAAAAAGAACAAAGCUGGAGGCAUUGCACUAUCGGACUUCAAACUAUACUACAAGGCUACAGUAAUCAAAACAGCAGGGGCCGGGCGAGGUGGCUCAAACCUGUAAUCCCAGCACUUUGGGAGGCCGAGAUGGGUGGAUCAUGAGGUCAAAAGAUCGAGACCAUCCUGGUCAACAUGGUGAAACCCUGUCUCUACUAAAAAUACAAAAAUUAGCUGGGCAUGGUGGCACGUGCCUGUAAUCCCAUCUGCUCAGGAGGCUGAGGCAGGAGAAUUGCCUGAGCCCAGGAGGCGGAGGUUGCAGUGAGCUGAGAUUGCGCCAUUGCACUCCAGCCUGGGUUAACAAGAACGAAACUCCGUCUCAAAAAAAACAAAAAAAACAGCACGGUACUGGUACCAAAACAGAUAUAGACCAAUGGAACAGAACAGAGGCCUCGGAGGCAAUGCCACACAUCUACAACCAUCUGAUCUUUGACAAACCUCACAAAAACAAGCAAUGGGAAAGCAUUCCCUGUUUAAUAAAUGGUGUCAGGAAAGCUGGCUAGCCAUGUGCAGAAGGCAGAAACAGGACCCCUUCCUGACACCUUACACUAAAAUUAACUCCAGAUGGAUUAAAGACUUAAAUAUAAGACCUAACCAUAAAAACCCUAGAAGAAAAUCUAGGCAAAACUGUUCAGGACAUAGGAGUAGGCAAGGACUUCAUGACCAAAACACCAAAAGCAUUGGCAGCAAAAGCCAAAAUAGACAAAUGGGACCUAAUCAAACUCCACAGCUUCUGCAGAGCAAAAGAAACAGUCAUUAAGAGUCAAUUGGCAACCAACAGAAUGGGAAAAAUUUUUGCAAUCUACCCAUCUGACAAAGGGCUGAUAUCCAGAAUCUACAAAGAACUAAAACAGAUUUACAAGAAAAACAACAAACAAGCCCAUUCAAAAGUGGGCGAAAGAUAUCAACAGACACUUUACAAAAGAAGACAUACAUGAGGCCAACAAACAUAUGAAAAAAUUCUCAUCAUCACUGGUCAUUAGAGAAAUGCAAAUCAAAACUACAUUGAGAUACCAUCUCACGCCAGUUAGAAUGGCGAUCAUUAAAAAAUCUGGAGACAACAGAUGCUGGAGAGGAUGUGGAGAAAUAGGAACACUUUUACACUGCUGGUGGGAGUGUAAAUUAGUUCAACCAUUGUGGAAGACAAUGUGGCGAUUCCUCAAGGACCUAGAAAUAGAAAUUCCAUUUGACCCAGCAAUCCCAUUACUGGGUAUAUAUCCAAAGGAUUAUAAAUCGUUCUACUAUAAGGACACAUGCACACGAAUGUUCAUUGCACUGUUUAUAAUAGCAGACCUGGACCAACAUAAAUGCCCAUCGAUGAUAGACUGGACAGGGAAAAUGUGGCAUAUAUACACUAUGGAAUACUACGCAGCCAUAAAAAACGAUGGAUUUGUGUCCUUUGUAGGGACAUGAUGAAACUGGAAACCAUCAUUCUCAGCAAACUGACACAAGAACAGAAAAUCAAACACCACAUGUUUUCACUCAUAGGCGAGUGUUGAACAACGAGAACACAUGGACACAAGGAGGGGAGCAUCACACACUGGGGUCUAUCGGGGGGAAAUAGGGGAGGGACAGCGGGGGGUGGGGAGCUGGGGAGAGACAGCAUGGCGAGAAAUGCCAGAUAUAGGUGAUGGGGAGGAAGGCAGCAAAUCACACUGCUAUGUAUGUACCUAUGCAACAAUCUUGCAUGUUCUUCACAUGUACCCCAAAACCUAAGAUACAACAACAAAAAAGGAACGAAACUCUGUCUCAAAAAAAUGAAACAAAAAAAAAACAAUUAUUUCCUUUAGUUCCCAUCAUUCAUAUUAGAUAAAGAACUUGUCGGCACCUUAUAUGUAGUAAAAUGUACACAUCUGAAUCCUAGGUCAACAAAACCCUUACUCUGACCCCAAAUUUGCCCUCAUGUAAACGUUACCACCUUAGCAAAUGCUACAUCAUGCCCAAUUCUCAUUCUUUUUGAGAAAAUGUCCAAAAAUGUGGAAAGACAGUAAUAAACCCCAAAUACCAGCGAA